UAUAUGACGUCAUUCUCAUAUCUCGAGCAGCCAUUCUGCAGGUUAACGGGACAGAGGAACAAAACAAAAUUUUGCGAGCAGACUAACCUUUUGAAUUUCAGUGCAUUUUCAUAACCUUGCUCUUUUGGGGACAGUAUCAUGGAUCCUUUUGAGAGUCCAAUCCAGAGCAACGGACAAAAUGAAGACAACAAUUUUGGAGAUUUCGAAAAGGUAGAACCUGUCAGUACCACCACCACGGAAGAGGAGGACAUGUAUUCUGCCGCAAAACAGCCGGAGCAGGAGGCGGCGACAGGCGAUCUUUUGGGUAGUUUCAGUGAAAGUUCGUCAGAGAAAACAGAACCUAUUGCACCUCCCACUUAUGAGCCUGAGCCUGAAAUCACUUCUACUAGAGAGCCCACUCCACCUCCAAGGAAAGAACUGAGAGGGGGCAAAGAACCUUCCUCAUUUCCAGGAGGAUUUGGAAAGAACUUAAAAAUAGACCCAAGAGGAGACACAUCAGAGACUUUCGAAGUCCCUAAGGCUGUUCUGGAUUUGAUCUACUGGCGCGAUGUGAAGAAAACUGGGGUUGUGUUUGGCAGCGUCCUGGUCAUACUGCUGUCCUUGACCUCCUUCAGUGUCAUCAGUGUCCUUGCCUACGUCUCCCUGGCUGCUCUCACUGUCACCUUUAGCUUCCGUGUCUACAAAAAUGUCCUACAGGCUGUGCAGAAGUCCAAUGAAGGACACCCGUUCAAGGUUUGGCUUGAGAAGGACAUCUCUCUUCCUGAGGACAAGAUGCAGCAAGCUGCAAGAGCCCUUGCACAACACCUGAAUGAAGAUGCUGUUCGUCUGAGAAGACUGUUUUUGGUCGAGGAUUUGGUAGAUUCCGUCAAGUUUGGUCUUCUGUUGUGGGUGAUGACCUAUAUUGGGGCCUGGUUCAAUGUUAUGACUUUGGUCAUCUUAGCUGUAGUUGCUGUUUUUACAUUACCCAAGGUUUAUGAAACAUAUCAGGUUCAGAUUGAUGAAGUCCUGGAUAAAGCUAAAACCCAAAUUAUGAAUGUAGUGGAGCAAGUGAAAGCAAAACUCCCUUUCCUUAACAAGAAGGAUAAACAGAAGACACAGUAAUUGAGAGGCCAUGGACCCUUGUUUGUACAAUACAGUAAUGAAGAUUUGAACAACACACUGGGGAAGCUGAAUACCAAAGUCUAGCAGAGGGUACCCAAAGGAAAAGCAAACUGUGGAACAUUGUACACUAGAUGGCAUUUGACGCAAGCUGAGCCCAACUCUUGGUCCAUUUCAAUUUGGAUUGAUGUACUUUGAUGUUGUGCCCAAACAUGGGACUGCUGUUCAAUGUGAAUGAAGGUGGACAAGUGUGUUUAAAUGUGAAGACAAAUUUUGCAAGUCUGCUAUUUUUCUUUCUUUUUUCAUGUUAUUUAUUUUUCACAAGGUGACAUGCACAGUGGGAUGUGAUCUUCAGAGAAGUGGCACCCAUUUGACAGUUGUUACAAGUACAAAACUACAAAAAGAUUUGCUUUGAGCAAUUGCCUAUUUAUGCAGGACUUAUAGUUAUUCUUAUACCUUAGCUCUAGGAAGAAAAGUGGAAGUGUAGUUUACCUAGAAGAAUGGUACUCGGAAAUGAUGUACAGUAAUGUUUACACUUCUUAAUAAGCUCAUGAUUUAAGACACCUGCCAGAACCCUCAGUUAGUCUUAGGUUUACAUUGUUUUCACAUUGACUUUUAAUUACAUUAUGUAACAUUAUAUUUCAUUGUUUUUUGUGCGUUCUCUUUCCUCAGUCACAGUUCUUGUAAGGUGCCAAUCUUAGUUUAACUUGUGGCAGUGGCCACUUAUGCCAAGCAGGUUAGGUACAAUCAAAUCUAUACGUUAUGCUUCAUUAUAUGAUCUCCAGAUUUAUUAGAAUGAGAUUUAAUUGAUAAGGGAACUAUCUUGAAUUACGUAGAUCUGCUUGAUGAUAAAUGUGGUUGGAAAGAGGAGUGUUGACAGUCUUUAUAUUAACCUGUUGUGCUAUAUGGUGAUUUCAUACAAAAUCCAUCUGUAAACCUUAGCUUGAUUGUUGGACUUGAUUAUCUAUGAUCGUAACAUAAGUAUGGAUAUGAAAAAGUAUACCUGUAUAUAAAUGUGGUCUAUUUGAUAAGUACCUUAACAAAUGUGAAACCUAAUGCAUAAUGAGAAGAUAGAAAUUGCAAUUAUUUGGUAAGUUGCACACAGAAAACAGAUUUUGAUGGAAAUUCUUUAAACAAAUUUUAGUCUACUUACCCAAACUGACAGAGUUCAAGGGAGGGAUUCCUACCGAGGUAGGAUGUAAAUAUAUGAAAAUUGAAAUAUUUUAAAAAUGAGAAGUGUGAGUAUGAACAUUUGAACCAUUUGUGGCGCUGAAUUACUUUUUGUACAAUACAGUUUGAACAUCGUGUUUUGUAUAAAUGUGAGCUUGAAGGAUCUUCUUUCCUGUAUAUGAUUAUUCAUAGAUGUCAGUCUUUUCUUUAAUCCACUGCUUGCAGCAUAUAUUGUAACUUAGCCCAGUGUUGUUGAAAUAAAAUACGUAACUGAGUUUGUCAACAUCA